AAUUUCUAUGGAAAUUCCUCAGAAAAAAACUCUUGGUCGAAGGAAGAUUCCAAUCAAGAAAAUCGAGAAGAAAAGCAGUCUUCAAGUUGCCUUUACCAAGCGCCGCGGCGGCCUAUUCCGCAAAGCCACCGAGCUCUCCGUCUUAUGCGGCCUCGAGAUCGCUAUUCUGGUGAAAUCUCCGGCCGGCAAACUCUACUCCUUCGGCCAUCCCUCCGUCGAUGCUCUCAUCAACCGCGCCGCCCCCUCUCCGGCGGCGAAGAGGAGAUUGCCUUACGGCAACGAUGGUGGUCUGCAACUCCACCAAUUGGAGCAAUUGCCCAAUUCGUUGGAGAAAAAGGUUGAAGAAAAUCCGAAGAAUUGUGGCCUUCCAUUGUCAAUUCAUCAACAACCUUCUCCUUCUUCAAAUCUAAUCUCAGCAGAUAAGUUUGUGAUGGAUGCAGCCCCACCAUUAUCACUUCAACAACUCAUCGCAGCAGAUGACAUUGUGAUUGAAACAGAUAUCUUUUGUGAUGAAGAAGAAGCUCAAUUGGCUUCUUCAAUUGAUUACCAGAAUUACUAUCACAUUUUGGGAGCCUAA